AUGUUGAAGGAGUACCAUAUGUCAGGUUCUACAGGAGAGCGUCCUUUCGGUGACAUCAUUACAAGUAUCCGUUACUGGGUGAUUCACAGCGUUACAAUUCCAUCUUUAUUUAUUGCAGGAUGGCUUUUUGUAAGUACUGGAUUAGCAUACGACGUGUUUGGAACACCGCGUCCAAACGAAUACUUUACAGACGAACGUCAAACGCUUCCUUUAGUGUCAGAUCGCUACGGCGCACUUGCACAAAUGGAAGAACUCGUUCCUUAA